AGCAACAUGCGACGUAUCUGCAAUCGCAGCAGCAGCAACAGCAGCAGCCAUCGCAUUUGCACCACGGCAGUGCCGCUGUCGCCGCUCAUAUGUUGGGCGUCGGUAUGGGCCCGGCUGCGGCAAUUGGACGAGGUGGGUCAGCUACAGCGAUUGCUGCAACCACUAUAACAACAAUAACAACCACAGCAGCAACAGCUACGUUGACAACAACAACAACAACAACAGGCAGCUUGCAACAUGGUGUGGCACACUACGCGCAUCCGCAUUCGCACCACCCACACCACUUUCCUAGCAUUCAAGUUCAGUUGGGUGCCGGCGGCGUUCACGUUGAUGACUUGAGUAGCUCCUCCACCUCUUCCUACGCAGCGCAACAUGCGCUCUACAGCACGCAUCACCAGUCCCAACAAAGGCGCGACGAUAACCUCGCCAAAUCUAGCUGAAAGUCAUAUCGUGAGCAUGAGCAGCAACAGGUCCCGCAUCCAUUGAAGAAGAAGCCGACGCUGGCCAGACGCAUCCGGCCAACCAAUAGCACCAGCAACACAACAAAGCCACUGAUCACCGACAAACCCAAAAUCCACACAUACACAAAGCUGAAGCAAACUGCCGUUAGCUUCCAGCAGCAACACCACAAUGAAGAAGACGAUCUCAGCAGCAGUAGCAGCAGCUCUUCCACGUUUUCAUCGUCCUCGCAGCAGCACUCCUCGGUGGACUAUGAGGCGGAGGAUGAGAACGAGGACAAACAGCGACAGAGAAGGCACAAAGAUGAGACCGAUAGCCUAAUACAUGUGCAGAACUUUCUGAAAUGCUUUGGUGCCAACGCCGCGACGAGCCACCCGCUAAAACCGCGUUCCUAA